CCGGUUGCCAGUUUAUAUUUCCCUAGUCAGCAAAUCAUUUCUAAUAUUUCAUCGACCUACUGUAUCAUGUCAGAUACACGGAGGACAUGAAGCUGGUCUUGCAGAAUUUCGUUUGCUUUUACCGUGUUACGCUUUACAUCUUUGCACUGAUAACUGUUUUCCCUGGCGAUUCGUCUUUAGUGUUUCCUGGCCCACAUCUUAGGCAAUGGUGGGCGUUUUAACACAUGACAGCGAACAUCACUGUAAUACUGAAAAGAGUGGGGCAUCAGUCUGAUUACCCUGAGUGAGAGGCAAGAAAAAAGGUUUAACACCCUUCCGUAAGAGUGAGAAGCUUUUUCUCCGAUUUGUCUAUUUCAGCCUAGAUUUCUGCAGCACUGGAGACAACAUCCAUACAAGCGGAAUAUCCUCAUAACUAGCUGCAGCAGAUUACUUAUGUUGUGCCAUUCAGUGACACUAGUAUCUGCUGCUCUGCAAAUGAUGGUGACCAGCAAUGUAGCAAUGACAUCCGGCAGUGGUGUCUAACUAUGGUACUAGGCACGCAUUGCAUUAGGCAUAUAAGUGUAUGAGCAAUAGCUGAUGUGUACACCUACUGAAUAUAACAACCUCCUCCCACCCCCUUGUGCAGCUGUCAGCUCAAGCACACUGGGAAGUCGUAUUUAAUCGGAAGACAACGCUACAAGUAAAACACCAGAAGGACUACCAUAAUCCGAUCGUGGAGCAAAUAAUACUAGAAGGACAGUAAUGAAUACCAACGAAGCGAAGGAGUACCUUGCGAGAAAGGAAGUCCCCCAGCUGUUUGAGAGCCUGCUUACUGGGUUAAUGUACUAUAGGCCUGAAGAUCCUGUGGAAUAUUUGGAAACUUGCUUAAAAAAGGUGAAAGAACUUGGGGGUUCAGACAAGAUUCGGUGGGACACUUUUUUAGGACAGGAAAAGAGGACACUUCCUCCACUUAAUGGACAAGUCCGAAGGUCUAUUCUCAGAAGUGUGUUGCCUGACAGUUCUAAUUUCCCAUAUCGCCGCUAUGACCGACUACCCCCAAUUCAUCAGUUCUCCAUUGAAAGUGAUACUGACAUGUCUGAAACUGCAGAGCUGAUUGAGGAGUAUGAAAUAUUUGAUCCAACACAACCUCAUCCUAAAAUUAUCCUUAUUAUUGGUGGCCCUGGAAGUGGAAAAGGAACACAGAGUAAAAAGAUUGCAGAACAUUAUGGAUUUGAAUGGAUUUCUGUGGGUGAGCUUUUGCGAAAAAAGAUCCAUAGUACAACGAGCAAUAGGAAAUGGAGUCUAAUCGCUAAAAUUGUUACAACUGGGGAGUUAGCACCACAGGAAACUACAAUUACUGAAAUAAAACACAGAUUAAUGCAGCUUCCUGAUGCGCAUGGAAUCGUUAUUGAUGGCUUUCCAAGAGAUGUUGCUCAAGCCUUAUCCUUUGAACACCAGGCAAGUGAAGCAUACUUUAUGGCAAUGCAUUUCCAUGUGGUCAUCACUGUUUGCAGCAAUUCAAACUUUCCAGCAAGCAUUUAUAAGAGCCAGGAAACAAUUAAGGGGUGA